AUGGAGAGAGACAGUGUCAGACAGAGGUCCUCAACAGGAGCGGUUGGAGGCUCGCAGGGAAGCCAUGAGGAAUUAUCUGAAGAAGCGAUUCGGAGAUUGACGCAGAUGAACGGUUUCGGAAUCAAAGUUGCUACACUUUACUGCCUUGAAGGUCCCAUCAAGGCUCAUAGGGAUUAUGAAAAGGGGUUUGGGGGAAAAAGUGAUAGGGGAAUGACUGUUAGGGCAAGUAAAAAUAAAGGGCAAAGGUUGAAGAAGCGUCAGUGA